AAUUAAACUCUCUAUAUAUCUUCACAUUCACUUCUCACGAUUCACAUUCACUUCUCACGAUACAGAUUCAGUUCUUAAAUUCAAUUUCAAGUUACUGAGACAGACAUCCGGGUAGUUGGAGGAUGAAGGAAGAGCAAUCGAGCGCAGAUCGAUAGAUAGCAUUCAUUGGCGCACAGGACUCCUCUUGGGCCAAUCAGCACCUACGUUUUGGAGCAUAGUACGUACCCGCCAUGAAACAAGGAAGACGUGCUUGCCUUUUAUGUCAAUGUGCCUUGCCGGUGGCCGGCCUUGACCCAGACCGCCGUGACCAACAUGGAUUCGGCUGGGACAAAUACGGGAGACAACUCAGAAGUAGUGAAUUCAGCAAGACACCUCCUAAAUUUGCUCACAAAUGCAAUACCUUCCCCUGGUACUGUUGGGCCCAGUGCCCAACACGGAGCUACCCCUGUUGGGCCCAUUGCCCAACAUCAAACUGGCCCACAGACUUCAAGACAGGGAAGGAGUCAGGAAAGAGGGAGAGAUGGCCAACCCAGUGUCCACACAGAAAUGACAAGGUCUUUUCCUGGCCUUUUUGGAGCCAGGGGAAAGCGCCGGUGUGUUCAAGGGCCUUCCAACCACUUCACACCAGUCAAAGAGAUACAAGUUACAUUUUAUCUCUUACCCAAGAUUGUUGAGCGCACUCCCAAAGGCAGUGAAGAAGUUUUCCAUCUACAAGCUGGUUUGGGACGCAGGUCCACGCUGAUACCAGAGAACUACACCCAUGAUGAGGUAUGUUCAACCCUCAAAGAUCUUUAUCCAAAACUGGAAAGUGUGUCUGGGGGCUGGCUGAUUUACAAAGGAGCAGGAGGGUGGGGUUCUAGAAAACUAUAUAUGGUGUCUCCUGAGGACAGUGGAUAUACUGGGCUAAUGCUGAAGACUGCAAGUAUAGGCGGAAAGGGUGUCCUAUAUAUUGCUCCGAUACAGGAGGAACUAGACACUCAACCACUGCCUCCUGACUCCAGGUCCUUCUCCAGUAUGCCAAAGGCAACGUGCCACUCCUGUCACACCAGCUAUCCAUUGCAAAUCCUAGCGCUGCAUGUUGAAACAUGUAAGCCUUCAGAUACUUAUCCACAGGAGCCUACAGAGGAAGAUGUGUUUUUUGUGUCCUCAAAGACAGAGUUGCAGACCGUGUGCCCAAUCUGUGGCCAUAAUUUUCCUCCCAAUGACCUGGAGGCACAUGCAAGCGAGUGUGGAGAGAGCAAAGUUGACUUCAUUCCUUCAACUUCAAAACAAAAGAUGAGCAUUUCUAGCCUUGAUGAUGUCCUCCAGGCCAUCUCUGCUGCUGUUAACAAUGAGGAAGAAUUUCCUCUCACUGUAUCAAGAGCCCAUGUGGUGGAGCGGGGCCUUGCUCAAUGGAAGCGACAAAAGAAGGCAUUGCCUACCAGUCGGUUAAAAAUCAGGUUCAUAGGGGAGGCGGGCCUUGAUACAGGGGCGCUACGGAAGGAGUUCCUCACAGAGAUGGUUGCAGGGAUUGAGCAGAAGCUGUUUGAGGGUGACCAGACUGGAAAAUGUCCCAAAUAUUCCAUGUUGGAUCUUGAUCAAGCAAAUUUCAGAAGUGCUGGUGAAAUUUGGGCUGCAAGUCUGGCUCAAAGCGGACCACCACCCUGCUGCCUCAAACUUUGGUGCUACAAGUACUUGUGUGAUGGGGAGAUACAGAUUCAGCACAUUUCCAAAGAGGAUGUCUCUGAUGCUGAGUAUACAUCACUUCUCUCCCAGGUUGAGUCGGCCACAGAGGCUACAAUGACUGAACUGAUUGAGGACAUUUUGAGCUGUGGCUAUAAUGGACCUGUUAAUGUUGAAAAGAGGGAAGAAAUUCUUCGUGCUGUUGUUCUUCAUGCCAUACUUCGGCUGCUGCCCCUUCUCUCCCAGCUACGUGAAGGUCUGAUACCACUUUUAACUAACAAUAGUGAUUCCAAGUCCUAAACUCAGCUUAUUUCAAGUACCAAUCAUUCCCUUUACUUUAACUUUUUUGUAUAGACUCAGAGCAUUCGUGGGGUCACUGGACAAUAAUAAUGAAGAUAUUAAAGUUAAAGGUCCACGAUGCAGAAUUUUGCUAUAAACAAUGUAUAGUGUCAUACAAAAGUAAUCCUCCCCAAUCAUCACUUAUGACCCACAACAAGUGUGAGGUGGUGUAUUUAUCUACAGAGAUACUGCCUUAUGUCAGGAUUUUCUGGUUUUCUUAUUUUGCUGUGUUUGGGACAUUUCUGUGUCAACCUUUUGGGCAGUGGGUGUGUAGUCCACAGCCAGCAUGUGUGAGGUUGGGACUCAUAGCAUAGCAACCAGGUAACAUAAUAGUGUUUUUAUGUGCUGCUUAUCCUUCUCUCUCCUCUGCUGUGUGCUGCUCAUCUACUGUCAGUGUGUCUGUUUUGACUGACCUAGUUUAUUUCUCAUUCAUUUGUUCUCACCAGCACCGCUUGCUCUAUUCAUUAACUCUCUAGCUCACUUGGCAACCACUGCUCUCUUUCUGGAUAAACUCAUAACGAUACAUUGUUUCUCUCACCAGGCUGAUGCUGACUUUGUCUUUGCGGCUUGCCAACCUGAGUUCAGCGAGAAGGGCUCCAACAAAGAACAGGUGGAAGUGAGCGUUAUGAACCAUCUACAGGACUUCUUGCAGGAGCUGGAAGCAUGUGAACAUCCAGAGGUGGGCGACACAGUAGACUAUCCAGGUCACCUGUCCCCCAGUACAUUUCUCCAGUGGCUCACAGGACAGGGCCACAUUCCUGUCUUACCAGAAGAGAAGAGAAACUUCAGAGUCUUUGUGCAGUUCAAUCACACCUGUGACAUCCAGUAUGGUUCACAUACAGUUUGCUACCCAACAGUCGCUGCAUGUAGUAAUACAAUCCGCCUGCCUGUUAAGCAUAUGCAAACUUCUACUGAGUUCAAACAAGUGAUGACAGAGGCCUUCCAUCUAGGGCAGGCAUUUCAUCAGGUUUAAGUGAAAUGUUGCAGUUUCAAAUAUGCAUAUACAUUCAGACUCAUAGUAAUAGAUGUUUGUGCAGUCUUUUAUUUCAUUUUUUGUAAAAUCCAGUUCGUAUCUGUUCAUUGUUCAUGGGUGUAUUAAAUGACCCAGUGUGCAUGGCUAAUUGAUUUGAUAUUUUAGAAAGUAUAAAUCAUUGUUAGCCACAUUGAAUGUUACACUCUAAACAGCACUUCCAUAUGGGCAUCGCACCAUUACAAUGUUUGUCAGAGAAGAUGUCCUUCACUGCGUUCUUUCCCACUUCCCUGUGGUUGUGUCAGCUUGACAGAAGUCCGAUUAAAAAAUACAAAAUCUUUGGAAGCAAAAUACAA